AUGUCUUCAACGGACACUAAUGUCAAAGACAACACCGAUGUUGAUAAUAAUUCACAAACACGAAAAGCAAACACAUCACCUGCUGCCUCUACCGCAUCACAAUCAUCGUCGCCAGCAGGCUCAACAUUAUUCGUGAUAGAUGACAAUUCAAGUUCUGAAAGUCCAACUCCACCUAUAAGAAUUCCUACUCCACCGAAACCAAUGACCUCAACUAUUCCUCAAACAUCACAUAUUCCAGUACUAACAACGUCAUUAGCAUCUACACAUGAUAUUGUAAAUGGUACAGCUGCACAACAACGUCGUAGAAAUUCAUCCAUCGCUAAAUUACUCGGCGGUCAUCCAUUAAAUAAUCAACAUAUUGAAGAAAUUCAUCAACAAAUACUCGAUGAUUUAACAGCUCAAAAUACAACUAAUAAUAAUGAUAAUGGAACGGAUAUUGGAAUUCAACGAUCCCGUAGCUCUAUAACACGAACUUUACUUAUGAAUUCUGAACGAAUUAAUAGUAUACCAAAAUUACAUAAGAAACCACAAGCAAUACCAACACCAUCAGUAGCACGAGAUUUUGAAUAUUUAAUACGUUCAGAAUAUGAUAAACCUGAUACUGAACAAUCAUCAUCAAUUCUUCAACGAAAUAAUUCUUCACCAAAAAUUAUUCAAAAUCUCAAUGCUCGAUCACCUACACAUUCAAAAUUAAAACGUAAAAGACCAACUUUAAAACCACCACUCCCACCAACAUCAAAUAUUCCACCAUUUUCACUUCAUGAACCAUUUGAACUUCAAUCAUCAUCAGCAACAAAUCCAACCUCAUCUCUACAUCAUUCACAUUCUCAAAAUGAUAUAAUUCAUUCUGAUUCAUCCAAACGUGUUCGUCAUUCAAAUUCACAAUCAUUUAGUUUACCGGUAAAUACUUCAACAAUCAAUCAAUCAUCAUCUUAUCUAUGUUCAAAACUAAAUAUGAACUCUACACUUUAUAAUCAAUUUAAUAUUCACCGUGAUUUAAUACCAUCAUCAAACAAUUGUUCAUCGUCUUGCAAUUGUUCUCAAUAUUCUCAUUCAACUAAACUAACAUUACCAUCACCAAUUACACAUGUAUCAUCAUCACCUGCGAUUAUACCACAGAAUAAUAACAACAACAACAACAACAGUAAUUUAACAGCAACACGUAAAGCAAAAUCAAUGUUCGCUCGAACCGAUAUACAUGACCUUCCAAGACAACGAUCAUAUUCCAGUACAUUUAAUCAAUCUGAUUCAUCAUUAUCAUCACCAAAUGAACCAAAUGUACCGUUAAAAAAACGUUUACUUCAUGCAUAUAAUCAUGAACAGCGUCCUCCUACUCCACUGUGA